AUGAAUUUAAAUCAAAAAGUUAAUGAAAUCAGUGAUGUUCCGAAAUUAAUUAGACUUUGAAGAGAGAAGGCCUGACUCGGGCUCUAUGAAGACUCAUCCAUAAGAUUUACGGCUGCACUCAAAAUUAUCAAGCAACAUUGCAAAACUUUAACAGAUUAUUAUAUUUUGAAUAGAUGGAAAACAGCUGAAAAGUCUAUCCAGGAAGAAAGAAAAUUAGUCAACAAACUUGCAGAAACUACUAACAAAUCUAAGGAGCAAAGUAAGCAUCAAGAUGAAAGACCAAUCCAGUCAGCCUGAUCAGAAAUAAAGCAUAUAAAUCUAAGAAAAAUUGCGAAUCUUGAAUGAAAAUCUAAUAUCAAAACCAAGGCUGAUAUUUCUGAUGAACAAAAAAGAAUAAUAUAGUAGCACCCGCAGAUAUAAGCAGGUUUGGAGGGUUAAUGCCAUUUGAGCACCAUCAAAUCCCUCAUGAAUAUAUUCAGUAUAACGAGAAAGGGAACAUAAUUAAUCCAUCAGAUCUGAUGAACCAAGACUUACAGAAGAAUAAAAAGGACUUUGAUCCUGAUAUCGAUGCUUAUUCCGAAUCAUGAAGCUCAGAACAUUCAGGGAGAGGUGGAAAACAACCUGCUCAGCAGAAGAAGCCUAAGAUGCAACUUCCCAAAGACCCUGAUGUUUGGGAUCCUCCAGAUCCUCUUCCCCAGAAAAAUCAGAAAGUGAGGCAAACAGCUGGAAGAAGGAACGAAAGACAGAAUCGUCCAGCAAAUUUUUUCAAAAAUGCUCCUUCUCCUAAAAGUAACAUUAAGAGGAAAUAUGAAAAGCCUUGGAUUGUUCCCCCAAAGAAGGAGAAAAAGAAAGCAAAAUCUUAUUUAGAGUAUGUUUAUCCUGAUGAGGAAGGACCAGAUGCCGACCUGAUCAAAUCCUUAGAAAAAGAAGUAAUCCUUCGAAAUCCUAAUGUCAGUUUUGAUGAUAUAGCAGACCUUGAUGAUGCCAAAAGAGUCUUAGAAGAAGCUGUAGUCUAUCCUUUAAUGAUGCCAAAGUUCUUUAGAGGCAUCAGAAGGCCUUCCAAAGGUGUCUGUCUCUUUGGACCUCCUGGUACUGGGAAAACAAUGUUAGCAAAAGCUAUUGCUACUUUGGGAGAAACCACUUUCAUCAGUAUCUCUGCUGCAGCUCUAAGCACCAAAUGGAGAGGAGAGAGUGAAAGACUUGUGAGAAUUCUUUUUGAUAUCGCUAGAUUUUAUGCUCCUACAACUAUAUUUAUCGAUGAAAUUGAUUCACUAGCUUCUAAAAGAGGAAACGGGGAACAUGAAAGCAGUAGAAAAGUCAAGACUGAGUUCUUCAUCCAAAUGGAUGGAGUCACUUCUGGUACAACUUCAGAAUAUCUAGAAGAGAGCAAAGAUUCUCCAAGCAAAAAUAUCAUGGUUCUUGCUGCUACUAAUAGACCUUGGGAUUUAGAUGAAGCUAUAAUCAGAAGACUUGAGAAGAGAGUAUACAUCCCUUUACCAAAAGAAAAAGGAAGGAAAGCUUUAUUUGAUCUAAACCUGAAAAAUAUUGGGCUUUCAGAUGAUAUUGAUUGGGAUAUUCUUGUGGAUAAAACUAAAGGAUACUCAGGAGCUGAUAUUAACAAUCUCUGACGAGAUGCUGCUCUUAUGCCAAUGAGAAGGAUUCUUACUCAAGGAAGAUUUAAUGUUAAAGAAGUUAUUAGUAUGCAAGAUCAAUUCGAGGAACCAUUGUCCAUGAAAGAUUUUCUUGACGCAUUAAGUAAUGUAAAUCCGUCAGUUGGGGAUGAGUACUUGGAGAAAUAUGCAAAGUGGGCUUUUGAAUUUGGAUCUACAUAA